AUGGCUAAACAAAGGGAAGCAUGUGACAAAUGGCAUGGUGAUAUUGGGCCAAGGAUCCAUACGAUCCUUGAGAAGAAUAAGGUAGAGAAGCAAGGGUGGAAUUUGACUGAAAUUCCUUGUGGACAUGCAAUAGCUUGCAUUUGUAGAAGGCAUGAAGAUCCUGUCAAGUAUAUACAUUCACGUUAUAAGAAGGCAUCAUGGAAAAGGGCUUCUGGACCUUUUAUUCACCCUAUAGCCAAUGAAGAGUUGUGGGAACACACUAACUUUCCUCUCAUUUUGCCCCCUGUGUAUCAUAAGCAACCUGGGAGACCCAAAAAAGUGAGGGCAAGAGAAAAAGAUGAGAAACCAGCAGCAUCUACUGGAUCUAAGCUAUCAAGAUCCUUCCAUGUCAAAAUAAAAUGCUCCAUUUGUGGGGAGCAUGGCCACAACAAGAGAAAGUGCGAUAAAAAAGGUGGUGCCAACAAUAUCAAUAAGGUAAAAAGACCAAGGGCAUCAAGAGGCCAACCAAGCACUAUCAGUGAACAAACAAUUCAACCAAAUUUAGCAAAUACAUCAACAUACCAACCAAGCUCUAGCUUGCCAAUGGAAUCACAACCUGUUUCUUCUAUGACAACCAACACAACAAGGAAAUUCAGGCUCAAGUCUCCUGCUAAGAAGACAAAGAUUUAG